AUCCACCCAUCAUCGUCAGUGUUUUUUUUUGUUGACAAACAUAAACGUCGUAGUUUAACCCGCUUCUAUUCAUAAUUCUUAUUCUAUCGACAAGGGUAGUUCAAGUUUUUAUCUCCCAAGCGUAUAAUGUCGUACGAAAAACUCCAGCCCGCCUUUAAUGAAGGCAUUCAAGUGUGCUGCAUCUCCUUAAACAGGAACGACCGAAUUCGGCUGAUUGGUUUGCCGGUUGAUGUGAUCAACGCGAUAAGAACGGCAAUAACUAGUAGCUGGGGUCCACUUCAAAACGAAGAGGAUUAUCACGGCGCAUACGAAUUCAAAUUGAAGGGCUAUCCCUGGUGCGGACAGUCUGACGAUUCGGUUAAUUGUCGAAGAUUGUUGACCGCAGUUUUAAAGACCAUGGCACAAUUCGGAUGGAAUUUGUUACAGGCUGCAGAUGUUAGUAAAAAGCCAGACGACAAGGACACGAUGUUUUUUGAAAAGGGAAAUCCUGACCCCGAUGCAGAGUUAUUUGCUGUGUCGUUUAACAUGUACGAUAGAAUUCGCAUUAUUGACGCCCCAACAUUUGCUGAUUGUGUUGAAAAUGCUUUACAAAGUCAAUGGCCCAACGGAAUUCAACAUAAGGAGGAUUAUUAUGGCGCGAUUGAGUAUAAGCUGUCGGGAAAUCCAUGGUUCGCUGAUGGUUCUGAAACCGUGCAUUGCCGUAUGCUUUUGUGUCAGAUAAUUGCCAAUAUCAGAGCAAAGGGUUACAAAUUGUACGGGUCCAUUGAUAUUACUGUGGGUGUUAAGGGAGCGGAUCUGGAGAGCUGGAUAUUCAGACGUGUUGGAGACGCAUGGAAAUAGGAUUCCACACCCAUAAAUGAGUAAGGUUUUCGAAAUGAGUGUGGCACCAGCCUUUUGUGAUGUUUCUUAAAAUACAAUAUUUUGUGCAACUAAAUUAAUAUGGGCUGUAGGCACCAAGUUUGCUGUUUUGAUAAAUACAAUUUAUAUUCACAGUUCCUUGAGAUACACUAUAUGUAAUAUAAUAUGUAAUCUACAAUUUUUUGAAUGAAUUUUAUUAAAAAGUUUUAAAAAAAUCCGCAA